CAAAACUCACCACCACACACAGCGGCGCAGCAAAAAUGCUCCCGCCCACACCAUCACCAUCACCAUCGCCUCCACCGGCGACAAUGGCGAGGUCUGUUUCGAUCACAGCACCGUCAUCGGCAUUAUCAUCAUCAUCGGCAGAGGAUGAAGAGAUGACCACCGCCCUCCACGAAGCCCUAACCUGCACCAGCUGCGCCAUCGACCGCAUCCCCAAAUCCACCUUCCGCGCCGACACAGCCGCGGGCCGUUACGAUCCAUCCCUUCCGAUGCCCUUUCGAUCACAGGAUAGAGAAUUCGAGAUUGCGCCGGAUGAGAUGUUCCCCGAUUCAGAUGCGGAUGGGCGCCGGAACGACGAUAAGGAUGAGAUGGACAUCGAAAACGAUGGGGUCGAUUUGCAUCCUCGUCUAUGGCGGUCGGCGUCUCCGACAACCGCAAGGACACAUUCCGCAGAACAACGAGGGCGCUAUAUCAGCUACGCGGAGCUCACGCCGCCGGCCACCCCGCCGUCCGGGUCGGAUUCCACGGGCCAUUUAUAUGAGGCGCUGGUGGCGCGGUAUUUCGUUUCGCAUGAUAGCGCGGCGGAUGUCGCCUUCGCGCGGUAUCGCGCGGAUUACCAUGUCCAUGUGCACUACAUGCUGCGGCGGGGCGUGCUGGGUGUCUGCCGGGAUGGGAAGGAUGUCUAUGAGCUGAAGGGCUGGAAGCGCCGGUUGCAUGCGGUGGAUUCCGGGGAGAUCGCGCUGGAGCAGCUCGAGUCUGGAAUGGUGGAUUGGCGCGAUGGGAUGAUGGGGGGAGGCGGAGGCGGCGGUGGGAUCGGGAAGGGAGGUGGAGGAGGGUAUUACGCCUCAAGCCCCUACCAGUCUUACUACCCGGCUCCGAGUCCCACGGCGGCCCUACCGCGAACCCAACGAGCAAUGGGCGGCUGGCCCGACGAUGAGAACCAGCUAAUGGUGUAUCAGGUGGCGCUAUGGAGAAAACGCGGGCGGAGUCGGCAGAGGCGACUCGAGGACGCGCGCAUCAAGUGGGCUUUCAUUAUGGAGGAGCGGAGAAGGCAGCGCUUGGCCGCCUUGGCGCAGGCGCAACACCAGAAAACAGCGAGCAGUGUCAAGGUGAGGUUAUAUUGCUCGCAGGCCGGUGGGGAUCGGAAUCUCAUACGGGAGAUCGAAAUGGAUGGGAGGUCGUUUGGAGAACUCAUCAGAUGAUCUCGGUGGAGGGCAUCGUCGCAAGGGAAGAGAAAGGCAAGACUUUUUCUGCUUCAUACAACUGGAAUGAGCAAUAUCGAGAUCAAGAUCCAAAGCAUCACUAGCACACACGCACACAAACUGCCAGAACAAGAACACGAAAUCGGGAGUGAAGGCGAGCGUCGGACAGGCCAUGGACCCAAGACUCAACGACUGUAAGUAGGUAGGUCGGUGCUGCAAACAGCGCAACAAUGCAAGUUCAAUGAGUCAGUCAAUUCAUCGAAGGAGAAACGCCAUACUUUAUUCAUUCCAGAAAGGAAACCGCUAUCAUGUAAGGAAGGAACACGCAAACAAGGAAUGUGAUGAUCCGCUAGUUAGCGAACGGUGACUGUCUGGAG